UAGAAUGUCAACUAUUAUUUACUUUCUCUGUCUUUCUCUCUUAACUUCAGUUUCCAAAUCCAUCCAUGACUCCACCUCACUGUAUCUCUCACCCACCAUAUUCUUCCCCAAUUACCAAAACAUGCUAAACUCUUUCAAAAUUUACAUUUACACCCCUUCGAAGCCCUUCUCCUUCUCUUCUCCCACUGAGUCCCUUUUCUUCACUUCUCUCCAAGGCAGUCCCUUUGUAACCCAAAACCCAGAAGAAGCUCACCUGUUCUUUGUUCCGUUCGCCUCCAGUCUCUCCACGCGCUCAAUCGCGCGUUUUAUUAGAGACCUCAGAAUGGAGUUCCCGUACUGGAACCGCACUCUCGGCGCCGAUCAUUUUUAUGUAUGCUGUGCCGGUCUGGGUUACGAGUCUGACCGAAAUCUCGUGGAACUGAAGAAAAACUCGGUACAGAUCUCUUGCUUCCCGGUACCAGAGGGUAAGUUUGUGCCUCACAAGGAUAUUACCUUGCCUCCACUCGGGAGGAUCACACGCGCAUCACACGCUCCGGGGAACAGGACAGUGAGGUAUCUAGUAAGACACAAUGGGGCCAAAGAUUCAAAAUUGGCCAACGAAUUGAGAAAUGAUUCUGAUUUUCUGAUGGAAUCCGAACCAUCCAAUGAAAUGACUUUAGUCGAGAGACUAGGGAGCAGCAUGUUUUGUUUGUUCGAGGACGGGGCUGAUAUUUGCGGAAUAGGUGAAGCAUUGCGUUUUGGGUGUGUGCCUGUAAUGGUAACUGACCGUCCGAUGCAGGACUUGCCGUUGAUGGAUGUGAUCAGCUGGCAGAAUAUUGCUGUUUUUGUGGGGUCCGGUGGUGGGAUUAAGGAAAUGAAACGAGUGUUGGAUCGGACGUGUAAAGAUGAUGAUUGCGAGGGAACGAGGAGAUUGGGUGUGGCGGCGAGCCAGCAUUUUGGGUGGAAUGAAAUCCCGCAGCCGUACGAUUCGUUUUAUAUGGUGAUUUACCAGCUCUGGCUUAGGCGGCACACAAUUAGAUACCCCCGGAGAGAAUUUGUGUAGGGCCUUUAUUUAUUGACCAGGCAAAAUGAUUUUUUACUUUUCUGGUGAAAUGGCGUGGCGUAUUUUAUGACUAGGUGGUCAAAAAUCAAAUCAAGAUGUAUAAUGCAGGAGAUUGCCCAUAAAUUUCUCCUCUUUUGUCUUU